AUGCUGGAAUGCCAAACAUGCGGCGCCGUGGGCGACUCGUUCUUUAGUGAAAACUACUUUGGUGAGAUGGUGUGUGAAUUGUGUGGCACGCAGAGUUCCCUUCAAGCACGAAAUGAGACGCUCGAUGUUGAAGACAUGGGACUGGAUCUCCCGACGGCGCUCAAGACGCUAAAGCGGCGCGUGAACCGCAAACCGAAGCGCCCAGCGGAGGACAAGAACAAGACAUCAAUGAAGCGCAUCAAGAAGGAAGGAAAUAACAGCGAGGUGGACAGUGAAAGCGAAGGAUUUCAUGAAGACAGUGAGAAAUUCAAGCAAAAGACGGUACCUGCAUUACCGCCGCUAUUGGAUUGCGUCAUUGCGACGCAAAUGGUUUUAGAUGCAAUGGCCCGGUCACUUGUGACUCGUAUUGGAGCUGAUACGUUUGCAGCUGAGGAAUACCCAAAAGCAGUGAAAACGCUGUGGUUUGCGUUUCUUCAGACGUGGGGCGUGAAAGGUACCAAGCCAUUGCUGCGGUGCUACAAUGAGUUUUUUCUGCACUUUACGCACGAUGAAAAAGCGAAAUUGGAACCGGCUGUGACGUUGGAUUUACUCGAGCAGUGGGAUGCCGAGUGGGAUGAACAACGGGGAAAUGAAGAUGACGUGUUGAAGCUGCAGGAGGAGAAGGAGCAGGAGGAGCAGGAACAAGAAAAGCAGAGGCAGAAGGAGCAACAGGAGAAGGAGCAGGAGCAGGAGCAGGAAGAGGAGAGUGAGCAUCAGCAGAAGAAGAAAGAAGGACAUGCUGCUGGAAACUACGACGAGGCGAAGCAUGCUACGAGCAGAGCUGGAAAAACACGUAGGGAAAAACAAGUCAAGACCAAUGUUCGACUUCCGGGCACGCUGAAUAAAUUUUCAAUCGUGGAUAUGAUAGGUAUCUUGAUGCUUGCUUCGCGAGUACUAAAUUUGGGACUUCUGCCUAGUGAUUUUGCCGACUGGGUCGCGACUGGAGUCAUCCCGUACCAUAACUCGCUGGCCACCACUUGUGCUGACGCACCAGAUGUGAGGGACUCGGUCAAGUGUGUAUCUCACUUUUUCCAGUCCUUGAUGAUUCGUCACCGAGCGAAUACGGUUCAGAUUGCCUACUCGGCCAACCAUUUGAUGUACCACAUGGGGCUGCGUUUGCCUCCACUAAAUGUGCCACUUGCCGCGCACCGGAUUUGCGCCAUGAUGGGGUUUCCGGCAGAAGUCUUUCGUAACUUCCAGUGGAUCUCGGGUUUCAUGAACGUUACGGGACCCUUGCCAGAACUGCCACUGCUGCUUCAAGCGGAGGCCGAUGGCUAUCCCAGGUUAAACCUCACGCCUUCAAAAGAAGAUGGAGCAAGAGUAGACGGAAUACUCGUAUCCGAGGUUGGUAUCGUAGCACACUUGGUAGUAGCGAUCAAAAUGUGUGCGAACUGGCACGAGUGGAUCUACGAGCGACAUCGUGACGAAGACGACGGAGAAGAGACCAAGAGUGAUGAUAGACGAGGUGAGUUUAAGGCACCACCCGCUGCUGCAGUGCACAAUCCGCAUCUCCUUCCUCGCCGAGAUCUGGAUGCCUAUGUUCGGUUUGCCAGGGAAGUUUUCGUGGAUCCUGAACACUCUGGUAUUCCUGAACGCCUCGAGGAGAACGUGCGAAAGCUUGAGCGCGUCGACGCAGCAGGCGAGUUGGCGUCCUCAACUUGCGAUCCCAGAGAGAAAUUAAAGCAGAACAGUCUUUAUGCAUACCCAGCUAUUCAUGUGGAUGGAAUUCUAGCUGAAACGGACGAGUCUAUCGAGGAGCGAAUGAAGCGUCUACGAUCUGGAGAAACGAGCAGCGAACCAGUGCAGAGUGCUGACGGAGAAAAGCAGUGCGACGCAUUCUUCUACCCGCUCUUUUUUCUUUCCAGCUAUCGCAGUGGACUGCAUUCAGCGACAGAGCAUGUGUUGGAGAUCUUGUGUCGGAAGAUUGACGCCCCCAUUGCGUCAGUGUUGCCCCGGCUUGCAGAGCUUGAUAAACGAAUGCAAAGUUUGGUUUACCACUUUGAGCGGACAGAAUUUCACGUCAAUCUGCUCCGACAAGGACGAACAAAGUGGAAGGCUGCUCAGAAAGCUGCUGAGAAUCGUAAUGUCGUCGAGGCUUGA